AGUUGACACCCUGUUUAUUGUGACAUCCGGCCUUAAAAAAUGUAAACAAACCAAAAAGUAAAGUAUCAAAUUGUAGAUUGAACCUUGCAAAAGCGUUUUACUGUUAUUUUUAAGGAGUUAUAAAAUCUUUAAUAUAUAUUAACUAUAUUAUCAAACUUAAUUUAUUACAAUAAUAAAAAUAUGCCACCUGUAAAAAGAACUAGACGGUGAAAUUUAUAUGGUGGUAGCCCUUCUGAUCUUCCUAUUACAGAUCUAGCAACUUAUGGUGAUGUUGCAAGAUUUUUCUACAAAUUAAGAGAUUUAGAUGGUAUUAAAGACAAAAAUAUUAUUAUUCAAAGAACGCUUUGUAGUUUAAAAGAAAUAUGGUUCAAUUGCAAUUCCAAAUUAGUUUUGUUACCUGAAAAAAGUUUGAUUGUUAAACUUUUAAGAUUUUAUAAUAAUGUUAUUUUUUGGAAUGGAAAUAAAAUUAAACCUUUGACCAAAAAAUUGUUGGAAAAAAAUAAAGAAAAUUUUUUUGAUCUGCUAGCAUGUAACUGCAAGCUUGAAGUUCUUCUUUGUGAUGACAGGAAUAUCAAAUGCUCAGGUUGUUCAAAUGUGCAUCUUUACUGUAGUUGUGUUGGUAGUAAAAAAAGUGAAACUUCAAUUUCAUCAUUAAAUCAGACUAGAUCAAAGAACUAUAACACUACCCACUAUCCCAAAUUUGCUUUAGAGGUAACUAGAUAUGGAAUAUCAGAUGAAGCAGCUGCCGCUGUAGCUAAUGCUCUACUUCAAGAUAUUGGUUAACUACAUCUAAAUGAUGUAAUUGAUCCAAGUAAAAUGAAGAGAGAGAAAGAACGAGUAUGCUUUAAUGCUAGUUUUGAGCAAUCUAAAGUUUCAAAUAUAAAGGCAAUUAGUUUGGAUAGCAAAUGUAAUAAAAACUCAUUGGUUUAUGAACAAAGAGAUAUUGACGGUGAAAUAAAUCUUUGUAAAUCUACCAACACUGUAGACCACUUGACAUUCACAAUGGAAUCAGACGAGUUGCAAGGUCAAUAUCUAAAGCACACAGAUGUACCUAAAGAAAAAGGUAAAGGAAAAGAUCUUGCAGAAUUUACCUGUAAUGUUCUCAAGGAGUUUAAGAGUGAUAAAAGUAUCCAGGCAAUAAUUUUGGACAAUACAAGUAUUAAUACAAGUAUAUUUUUUCUUCAAAAAUGCGGGUCUGAAAAAUAAAAAAAGAUAAUACAUAAAUCUUUAUUUGAGUUAUAUAUUUUCAUAUUACUAUAUCAUUUUAGGUAAAGAUAAUGGUUUAGUUGCUUGUCUUGAAAGAAUAUUGGAAAGAAGAAUUCAUUUAAUUCGCUGUCUUCUACAUGUUAACGAGUUACCAUUGCGUCAUUUAAUUUCUAAACUUGAUGGUUCUUCUAAUAGCUCAAAAAAUUAUUUG